GUAGCUUUCAUGGCGAACCCGCUAAGAACCAGAAAAAGGGUCAGGGCCCUUCACCUUAAACGAGCUUCAGAUGGUAGUGCAUUCCAAACAUGUGGCGACUGUGGGAUUGAUUAUGCGGUUGCUCUUGAGGAGAUGCAUUACUGCAAGUUCAAGGGCCGGGUAAAAAAAGCGAAGCUUUCUGAGGAUUCAAGAUCAGCUUUCUGCAUUUUCAUGGAAGAGUUCAAGAAGUUGGUUGAUGGCAAGAGUUGGAUUGAGAUUGAUAGAGAAGGGUUUCAGAAGUGGAAAAAUAUGCCAAAAGAGGAAAGAAAACCUUACGAGGACCGCGCAAAGGAGCUAAAUUCUGACUAUGAGGCUUUGAUUAAUAGAAUUGAGGAAUCAUGGAUGGAGGAUGAUGAAGCGGAUUCAGCUGAGGUUGGGAAGAUUGACAUGGAAGCAGAGGCCCAACUUCAGUGGAGGAGAUGGGAGGACUCCGAGAGUUCCUAUUCUGAUUACUCCUGAUCUCGAUCUCUCUCUCUCUCUCUCUCUCUAUUUUGUCCUAUUUCUCUCUCUAAACAUGGAGAUUCUCUCUCCUAACUUUUUGGCCCCCUCCUUCAUCUCUCUCUCUCUCUCUCCUAAGGCAAGUCUUUUGGGCAUUUGGCUAUGUAAAUUUGUACGGUAAAUUAUUCAUAGAUCAAAACCAACCAACAUUUGUGUUAUGGUUGGAUUUCACGUUUUUGGGUUAUUUCUCGAAAAAAUUA